AUGGGUUUUUACUACGACAAUAACCAAGGCUUCUACUACGCCGUUCCUGUUGAAGAGCAGGCUCCUCAGUUCCAGCCGCGAUUUGGUGGAUUUUCGCCUUACCGACAGGGAUUUUACUACGACCAGCAGAGAAAGUCCAAGCAAGGUUUCUACUACGACAGAUUCGACGGCGAAACCAGCUUCGCCGCCGCCUGGCAAGAAAACGACGAUGCCAAGCGCGCCCUCGAUGCUGCGGAAAAAGAGGCCACCAAGAAGGUCUCAAUCUUCGCCGUCAAGAACAAGCACUCGCCAAACCAGGUGCAGAACCGAAUCCUCGGAAACAUCGCUGGCGAGCGACUCGCUUAUGAAGCUUGUGAGAUUUACAUGAACGAAACUGCUCCUAAUGAUCUCUCUGCUGAUGAAAUCCGAGCCGAAAUCUUUGAAGUUGUCAAGAAGGCCAUCACUGCUGAUGAAUAA